AUGGCAAGACUUCGGCCAGAGGAGUCUCAAGACUCCGCCUCGGAGGACGACUCAUCAGUCAUCGAACAGGAGGUCAGGAUCGUUGGUGCCAAAGACUUUGAGUCGUCAGGCUCGGAAGCUGAAGAAUCUGACAGCUCUGAUGGCUCGCAAGCGCCCCGAAGAAAGGCCCGUCACGGUGACUUCUUCGACACGGAAGCCCUCGACGACAGCGCCAGCGAAAGCGAAGAUGGCGAGGGCUCUGACGCUUCGGACGAUUCAGACGAUUCUGAUCCCUAUGGAAACUCCGGAGCACGAGCGAAGCCCUUCUGGGGACACGCUGUCGCUGGACCCCGCUCCUUCCCUCAGUUCAUGCGGCUACCUAUCGAGCUGCGUGCGCUCAUCUGGCACCAUUUUUGCGAUGAUCUGAACGUAUCUCACCGUGUUCUGGAGUUUUCUAUUCACAGGAACGUGGACGGAAAGUGGAAAGCUUUUGCCGGCAGCUCGUUGCUCGCGAGAACGACCGCCUCGCGGGCCAUGCUCUCCGUCUACCACGAAACCCGCAACCUGUAUCUCGGCAGGUAUCCACAUGCCCUCGACUUCUCUACCGAAGAAGCCAAGCCCGCCACGUUUCACUUCAACCGGGAUAGCGAUAUCAUCAUGGUCUCGGCCAGCGACAUCGACAACGGCUUGGAGCACCCAGCACCCUCCAGCCAUGCGAACGGUCCCGACGCCUUUGAAAUCCCCGGCUUCUCAGACAGGAUCAAUCAUCUCGGCAUGCAACUGCCGCUCGACAGAGGGAGCGACGUGGACCUCGUUCCCUAUCAGUACUUUCUAAGCAUGCGCAACUUGAAGGCCGUGUACCCCUGCUUCGACGUCGAUGCCCAUCAAAUUCACGUGUCAGACUUGAAAUGGUGUUUCUCCGACCACGCUGUUUCUUGCCAUGCAGAUACGGAGGAAAUCGAGCCCGGUCUCGGCGAGGAUUUCGAGAUGAUUUAUGUGUGGCAUGACCCCAACGCCGAGUGCGACGAGGAAGGCGACUGUUCCCCCGUGACUGCUUACACUGGCCUUAGGCCCCUGAGAGAGAGUCUCGUGCAUUUCGAUGAAGACGAGUUCGAUGAACUGAGUGAAGAAGCCAGGUUGGCCACGCUCAAGGAAACGGACAGGCUCGGUGCAAUCAUGCUCUGCCCUAUGAGGCUGUUCUCCGGAAACAGCCACGACGCUCUGCUCAACGUGCUGCGCCAAGCACGAUUGCCCGACGGUACGUGGGACGAGGAGCUCCUCGGUCGAUUGAUGGAGGACGACGAUGUGCCAGAGCCCGACUCGUUUCUAGACAACUACGAUAGCGACGGUAUCGACGACGCUACAGUCCCCGAACCCGAGACGGAUGACGACGAGGGCUCUGGGAUCGAGAACGACACGCUGGCGAUGGAGCUGGCUCAAGGUUGGACUGGGUCUUCUGCUGGGUUCUCGCCGGUGGAAGGUGAGAUCCAGACGCACGAUCAUAGCGUAUACACUAUCCAUGACUCCUCAGAAGAGGACGAAGCAGACAGCCCAGAGGAAGAGGAGGCAGCGUCGCCGCCGAGAUCACCAACUAAGCGGAUAAGGGGUCGCCAGAUCAUCGAGGACGACAGCGACGAGGAUGUAGCUGGUGACGAGUCGGUCAUGGAGAUCGCUGCGCCAGAGCCAUCGCGGAGUAAGAAGCGAUCACGCGUCAUUCUAUCUGAGGAUGAAGACGAGGAAGAUUCUGCAGUACAAAGCAGGCCCGCAAAACGAGCACGACCAGUGGUCAUCGAUGACGAUGACGAGGAGGAGGAGGAAGAGUCUGAUAUUGAGGAGGUUGCUCAGAAGAUUCGCGGACGCGGGUCCAGCACGAGGGCGCCUGUGGUUCUGUCAGAUUCGGAAGAGGAGGAGUCUGAUGAUGAGGAUGAAGACGAGCCACCAAAAACACUUUCACUCGCAGAACGCCUGCGAUUACACCGAGAGGCGAACCCCAUUGAUGAUUCGGAAGAAGGCUCCGGAUCAGAAGAAGAGGAAAAUGAUUACACCAGAGGCACGGACGAGGAUGACUCGGACAGAGAUUCGGAUGAUCUGGUGCUAGGAAUGGCAGACGAUGGCGAAGAAGACGAAGAAGAAGACGAAUACGAUGACGGAUACCACUAG